GCGGGACGCAAGUGGUAAUUUCGUCCCUAGCGAUUUGUGCGUGGGACAGCUGAGCUCGGGAGUGGCGCCCUGUUGCCGGGGCGGACCGAGACUAACAAGAGAACAACAUCUGAGUGCGGACUGCGAGACGAUGGAAAGGGUAAAGACUCUUGAGUGAACCGCUAGGAGUCUCGACUAUCAUUAUUGACUAAGAGAAGUCGUAACUGAUCAUUGAUAAUGCGGUUAGGACCACUGGGCUGGUCCGCGAAGCAUGCCAGUAUCAGACAUCAGACACUCAAAACCAAGUCCCCGGAGACGGAAAAUACUGAAACAGGCUGAGAAAGAGACCAGGAUCAGAUGGUGGAUCUCAAUUAUCUCGAUCAAACACUGCCGGUCGGUAUCCAAGCAAGAAGACAAUGGAGCCUAUCCCUCGCUUGCGUGUCUCAAGUGCCUGGAUGGACAGUCAAAUCAAACUCGAGAGUCCGGGCCCUGUAAGAUGUCCCUUGAUGGAGCUGCAUUCCUAGCGGUGAGUAAGAAUCCAAUAGUAAGCUCACCAGCACAUAGAGAGUGUGCGCUUUCGAGAAGACAGGCGACAUGCACCUUAGUCACUAGUCACCGCACCUUGAGAGACAGCCAUAGGAAUUCCGCAGAGCUCAGGAAAAAGGAAAGAGAGGAACUGCCUGUAUUGAGAAUUGUGAUCACAAGACUCGACAGAAGAUAGAAGUAUCUAUAUCACCCACGAAUCGAUGACUAUUGAACUGAUCGCCAGCCAGAGCACGUUGGUGGUUGAGUUGUGGCUGGCUGGCUGGCUAGGGUGGGGAGUGUUAGAAUUAGAACUACAGUGAGCAACUCAUCAGUCCAAGGCACAAUGCACGACGGAGAUGACCGUGCUGAUGCUUUGAGGCGCGAGCUC